AUGGACAACAUAAAUAGUAUUGUAAAUGAAACAUUCGUUCUUUUCUUUCGACGACCUCGACCUCGUCGAUUUCUUUUUCUUGGUACUUCCGAUUCAACUAUCGAAAAUCGUAUGAUAAUGGCUAUCAUCUUUACUUGUUUUUGUCGAAAAUCUCAGAAAGAUCGCGAAGCAAAUGAAUUCUUGGAUGAUAAUCAGAUUGGUCUAGAAGCAGAUGAAGAAUAUUUUCACAAAACUAAUAAGAAGAAGUCGAUGAUUGCUCGUCCGUCUUCGUCAAAAGCGUCUGAAAGAAAUUCACAUGUGGACAGUCAUUCGAGAAAUGUUGAUGUAUAUUUUCUCAAUUCAGUCGUAUCUACAUAUCACAAUGAUUACCGUUUCUUGAAUCGAUAA